CCGGUUUAUGAUUUUACGCGCGCUGCUGGAGCUGCGUAUGGUUCAUGGUUUAAUUUUAAGUUUAUGGUUUCUUAUCUAUUGUGUGCUACAGUGUUGUUCUAGUUGCGCUGGAAGAACCGGAUGGCGUUCGAGCUUGCGAUCACGAGCGACAGUUGGGUGCAACGCUGGAGCAGCUCGUUUCCUAAUGCCUUGCAGCGCGUUUACGAUAACUGUGAGGACGGUCGCAGAAGGCUCCGUAUGGCAGAGUACUCGUCGGAUUUGGAUAUGGAACAAGAGCUGAGGAGAAGAAAAAUCCACAAGUCAAGUUGCUAUGUUGAUCAAGAGAUCUGCAAUGUGCCAAAGCCACCACCUAAUUUUCCAAGGCCCUGAAAAAGGCUAGAAAACAAAACUUAUAAAGCUCAGCAGUUCAUGAACUUUUUUCCUUCAAGGAACAUGUCGCUUCUCCCAUUGCAUGAAAUAAUCAGCUCGAAAUCACAAUCGUGACUAGCUUUCUUUCAUUUUCAUUAUUACGUGGUUUUUAACACAUUAUUGCAUAGUAUGUGAGUGGGGCAAGUGAGGAAGGUGUACCAUUAAAAAUAGACAGAAAUUGAGUGGGGUGGUUGCAUUUGUUUGUCGUGAACAAAUCGAUGAAAGAAUUCACUUGAAUCGAAGUUUCCAAGCGAAUGUUUUAUUUAUUUCGAUGACUUAAAACCUCAGAGCCUUUGUUCUCUUGCAGGCAGUCAGGAGAAUGACCAUCCAGAAGGUUAUGUCCCUUAUUAAUCUUUUAAGCAGCAUGUUUUUUUGUUUCUUUUUUGUAUAUGUAAUUAAGUGCUUGUUUUCUUUUCUGCAGAAGAUCCAUGUCUGCCACAGGACUCGUCUGAAUGAAGAUUGGAGUUCACAGAUGUGCACAGAGGAGGCUGCUCAUGUGUCUGAUAGUACAGAGGCACGAGAAUUUCAGCAUGAGGUGCUGACACGGCUCUCUGUACUCGAGAUCGUUCAACAGCAGCAAGGCGAGUGGCUAACAGCAUUGCCAAGCCGGUGCUCUGUGAAAGAGACUGACAAGGGUCCUGAAGUAGUAGUGGGCUACGCUAUCAAUUGGAGGAGACUCGGGUGCAAGCGUACCAGUGGUCAUUCCGCGCAGAGGAAGGAAUUGCACGCUGCAGUUCAUCGCCACCGGCCUGCAGCUCCCAGAGGUCGGUCGGAAGCGGAGCAUUCAUUGGAAUUGCCUACAUCUCUGCUGCCGACACUGUCCACGAAGUUGCUCUCACAAUUACUGUGUUGGCCGGUUGAAGGUCUGGGUCAGCUUUCCCAUGACCUCCGCUUCAAAGCCAAUGCCAAGGAGAUAUUUGCAUGUCCUGAAGCCCGGUCUCUUCAGACCGAGGCGGGCCCCGUCCAUGUCGGCACCGUCAGGCCGAGCCUUAUGGCGCCAUCGUUGACCCUCUGGACAGCCCGUAGUUGACCUUGAUAUAAAGAGCUUGAUAUCAUCUUGUGCCAGUAAAACCAUUUUUCUUCGGGCUCGGCGAGAGUCGUGGGACAGCCUGCCAGCAUGUGUCUGAUGUCAAUGAUGCCGUCGCACACACGACAUUCUUUCCUAAUUUCUCUUUCGGGGUGAAUUUUAUUUACGAAAUACGGAGUGGGGUACGUCCCGGUUUGAGGUUCUUAAUGCAUGGUGAGGUUUGAUAUUGAGGUUCUUAAUGCAUGGUGUUCUAUGGAGAAGAGGUUAGAAAAAGUAUAGCAGCAAGGAAUAAACCACAGAAAUUGAGUUCGGGUCAAUUGAUACUGCUUACCCAAUGUUACUCCAGUUCACUCAAUGAGACUGCAGAGUGCUGCUACACAUGACAGCUUUACAAAAGGGAGCAUGCAAAGGCAAUUUUUUGCACAUGUUCAAUGCUCUGUUCUGUCAGCAGUGGUGAAGUAGCUGCUUUUUUUAAUCCUAGUUAUGCCUGCACUUAGCGAUUCACUUGUUCAUGUGCUUUGGACCGGUGAUUUAAACCUUAUUAUAAAACAAUGUAGCAUAUUAUACUGAUUGUACAUCAAGUCCAAACUUCGUUACUCUGUAUUUAUAAGAACUCGCUAAACAAUGCGGAAAAUAAAUUCCUGCCAUUUCUGCAUCCUUUCAAGAGAGUCUCCAGCUCUGUGGAGUAAAAUUAUUUGACUUCUACACAUUUAUUGACAGUGUAACGUAAUUCACGUACAAAGGGACUGUGUACAUACUAAGUGAGAUUGCAACAUUUCAGUCAUGUAAUAUUGCCAGUAUUUUGCUGCAACAGUAAAUAUAUAUAAAGUCCUCAUCGACAAGUUCGACAACUAAUCAUUCAUAUAAACAAUUGCAGUAUGUAGGCUUGAGUGAAGCAUUUUUGUGCCCUAUUUAACUAAGCACAAUUAGGUUACUGCAUGAUGCUCUUUUGCAAAUAUCAGUGCAUUAUUUGUGUGCAAGAAACAAAGACUUAUUAAUUAUAAACAGCAAACAGUUAUAUUACCAUAUUACGGUUGUAUACUUAGUUGUGCAGAUUUACUUUCUAUCUGGCAGUUGGCAACUGCUAUAUUAAAACAACAUUGGCCUAAGUUUAAAGGGAAACACAAUAUGAAAAGGAUAUAGUACUUUAUGCCUAUCACACCGGAAUAUAUAUGUACCAUUUUGCCUACACCAUUGGCAGAUUCAGAUGGAGGGCCCUGGAAGUUUGUCUCCUCACCCGAGACAUGUUGGCUCUAAUUCCGACUCGUAUGACUGUAUCUGUUGCGUAGAAAAUCUCUCUCCACCCCCUUCCCCUCCAGUUCUCCUUUUGGAGGAGGCCCCCUCUUGAUGCUAUCCUUGAUGCUAUCCUUGAUCCACUCUUGGCCUGCAUCAUUUCAUAAUCGAGGCAUGUAAGGCCACAGAUGCAGCUCUGACAUCAUGCAUAGCAUACAGAAUUAUACAUAUGACUGAUCCCAUGCUUAACCAUUCUUCUGAUCAACUGUUAAUUUUUAGACUAACGUCCUUUCCUCUUGCAUGACAGUUAUCUCUGCUGUAUUGCUGCUGCUCUCUCGUGUAUGUAUACCAAUAAAUUAUCUUAGUCAAUUU